AUGGCUGGAUCCUACGCAGCUACGGCGCUGGCGGGGCUGCUCCACGCGGCGCCGGCCAUCGCCGGCGGGCCGAGGUCGCAGCGGUGGGCGCCACUCCCGACGCGCUUCGGCGCCGGCCGCCGCCGUCACGCGGCCGUCUCCUCCUGGCACCGCAGGCGUGUGGUCGCCGCCUCCUCCCAGGUUGCCGUGAAGCCCGCGGCGUCGGGGGGGGCGGCGGUCGAGAUCGAGCUGGUGGCGACCAACGCCGGCGGCGCGCUCGCGCUGCACUGGGGCGCGCGGAAGCCGGGGAGAAGCGAAUGGGUGCUGCCGGCCCGGAGGCCGGAAGGGACAAGGACGGUCGACGACGCCGCCCUCAGGACUCCCUUCAAAAGCGCUGGCUCAAAUUCUACAUUGAAAAUCGAGAUAGAUGAUCCGGCUCUCGAAUCAAUCGAAUUUGUUGUCGUUGAUGAGGCACAAAACAAAUGGUUCAAGAAUAACGGCCAGAACUUCCUAAUCCAUAUACGACAGCAUUCUGCUCCUGCAGCAACAAACACAAGCUUCUCAUCAGAAAGGAUCACGCGCAAAAACAGAGAUGUCAUGCAGCUCCUCAGUAAACACACAUCCAAGUCCGCUGAUGUAAAUAAGCCAACAGAAGCUACUCCAGAUCGGAGUCCCACGGUUCUUGAUCUCUUCCUUAAGUCUUUACAAGAGAACAAUGGUUGCCAAGUCCUCUGCAAAAAGGUGUUCAAACUGGGCGAAAAGGAGAUCUUGGCAUUGCUGUCAGAAGUACAAGGAAAGUUCAAAGUUUACCUGGCCACAAAUCACGUCGAGCCACUUAUUCUCCACUGGGCAUUGGCAAAGAAGGCUGGAGAGUGGAAGUUCCAGGCACCUCCUCCAGAUGUAGCACCUGUUGGUUCAACAUUGCUUGAAAUGGCAUGUGAGAGUUCAUUCUCUGAUGCUGAACUAGAUGGUUUGCAUUACCAGGUUCUGGAGAUAGAGCUCGAUGCCGACAGCUAUAAGGGGAUGCCCUUUGUCCUCCGGUCUGAUCAAACAUGGAUAAAGAACAAUACCUCUGACUUUUACCUUGAUUUUAGCAGGAGAACUGCCAAGACUUCAGAGGAUAGUAGUGGUGCUAGUAAAGGGACUGCAAAGGCUUUGCUAGAAACAAUAGCCGAUCUGGAGGGAGAUGCCCAAAAAUCUUUUAUGCAUAGAUUCAAUAUAGCAUCCGACCUAGUUGAACAAGCACAAGAUGCGGGGCAAUUUGGAUUUGCUGGACUACUGGUUUGGAUGAGAUUUAUGGCCACAAGGCAACUUAUCUGGAACAAGAAUUAUAAUGUCAAGCCACGUGAGAUUAGCCAAGCACAAGAUAGGUUCACAGACAGUCUUCAAAGUCUCUACAAAAUGUAUCCACAAUACAGGGAGAUGCUAAGAAUGAUAUUGGCCGCAGUAGGUCGUGGAGGUCAGGGCGAUGUCGGUCAACGUAUUCGUGAUGAGAUUUUAGUAAUACAGAGAAACAAUAACUGCAUGGGUGGAAUGAUGGAAGAAUGGCAUCAAAAACUACACAACAAUACAAGCCCAGAUGAUGUGGUGAUUUGCCAGGCACUGAUGGACUAUAUGAACAGUGACCUUGACAUCAAAGUCUACUGGGAUACUUUAAACAAAAAUGGCAUAACAAAAGAAAGAUUAUUAAGCUACGACCACCCUAUUCACUCAGAGCCAAAUUUAACAAGGGAGCAGAAGGAGGGUCUACUACGCGACUUAACAAACUACAUGAGAAGCCUCAAGGCUGUUCACUCCGGUGCUGAUCUAGAAUCCGCUAUAGGAACCUGUACAGGGUACACGGCAGAGAGUCAAGGUUUCAUGGUCGGUGUCGAGGUGAAUCCUGUGAAGGGAUUACCAUCUGGAUUUCCUGAAUUGCUUAAGUUUGUACUUGACCACAUUGAGGAUAAGUCAGUGGAAUCGCUUGUUGAGGGUCUCUUGGAGGCAAGAGCUGCGCUUCGCCCUUUGCUCCUUAGCUCUACGGAUCGCUUGAAGGAUCUCAUAUUUUUGGACAUUGCUCUUGAUUCUACUGUUAGGACAGCAGUGGAAAGGUCAUAUGAAAAUCUGAACAAUGCAUCACCUGAGAAAAUCAUGUACUUCAUCAGUCUAGUUGUUGAAAAUCUUGCGUUGUCCACUGAUGACAACGAGGAUCUCCUAUACUGCUUAAAGGGAUGGAACCAUGCACUUGAAAUGUCUAAAAAAUCUGAUAAUCAGUGGGCACUAUAUGCAAAAGCAUUUCUAGACAGAACUAGACUUGCACUUGCAACCAAGGGAGAAGAGUACCAUAAUAUUCUUCAGCCUUCAGCAGAAUACCUUGGUUCGUUACUUGGAAUUGAGCAAUGGACACUUAGCAUAUUUACGGAGGAAAUUAUCCGUAGUGGAUCAGCCGCUUCAUUGUCCGUACUCCUCAAUCGUCUCGACCCUGUUCUUAGGAGCAUUGCAAACCUAGGAAGUUGGCAAAUCAUAAGCCCAGUUGAAGUAGCAGGGUAUGUGGUUGUCGUAGACCAAUUGCUCACUGUUCAAGACCAAACUUAUGACAAGCCCACAGUUUUGGUGGUAAAAGGUGUCAAGGGAGAGGAGGAAAUACCUGACGGCGUUGUCGCCGUCCUUACUCCAGAUAUGCCCGAUGUAUUGUCCCAUGUCUCAGUUCGAGCAAGGAAUAGCAAGGUAUUGUUUGCCACGUGCUUUGACCCAAAUAUCUUCUCUGAACUUCAACAAUAUGAAGGCAAGGUACUUUCACUAAAGCCAGGUUCUGUAGAUAUUAACUACAGAGAGAUUGCAGAGAAUGAACUUCUAGUUUCAAGUUCCCCCGAUACACCAGAUGGCCAAUCAGCACCAUCUCUGUCACUAGUGAAGAAGCAAUUUCUUGGAAAAUAUGCAAUAUCUGCUGAUGAAUUCUCUGAUGAAAAGGUUGGGGCUAAAUCUCGGAAUAUAGCUUACCUCAACGGAAAGGUGCCAUCAUGGGUCAGUGUCCCAACAUCAGUUGCUCUCCCGUUUGGAACCUUCGAAACAGUUUUGUCUGAUAAGACUAACAAGGAAGUAGCCCAAAAGGUACAGAUCCUAACGGACAAGCUCAAUCAAGGAGAAUCUAGUGCUCUUAAUGAAAUCCGAAAUGUUCUGCUGAACCUAACAGCUCCUACUGAUCUGGUGAAGGAGCUCAAGGAGAAGAUGCAAGGUUCUGGAAUGCCCUGGCCUGGAGAUGAAGGUGAACAACGUUGGGAACAAGCAUGGAUGGCAAUCAAAAAGGUGUGGGCUUCAAAAUGGAAUGAAAGAGCAUACUUCAGCACCCGCAAAGUGAAGCUUGAUCAUGCCAACCUUUCCAUGGCGGUUCUUGUGCAAGAAGUUGUGAGUGCAGACUAUGCCUUUGUGAUACAUACUACCAACCCAUCAUCUGGAGAGUCUUCAGAGAUAUACGCCGAAGUUGUUAAAGGCCUUGGGGAGACCCUUGUGGGAGCCUUUCCUGGUCGUGCUAUGAGCUUUGUAUGCAAGAAGGAUAAUCUUGACUCUCCCAAGGUAUUGGGAUAUCCAAGCAAGCCAAUUGGCCUAUUCAUAAAGAAAUCGGUCAUCUUCCGUUCUGACUCAAAUGGUGAGGACUUGGAAGGCUACGCUGGGGCUGGACUCUAUGACAGUGUGCCUAUGGACAAGGAAGAAGAAGUGGUUCUUGAUUACACAAAUGACCCCCUCAUUACGGAUUGCAGUUUCCGUAACUCAAUACUCUCAAACAUUGCUCGUACUGGUCAUGCUAUUGAGGAGCUCUAUGGAUCUCCACAAGAUAUUGAAGGAGUGGUGAAGGAUGGAAAGAUCUAUGUUGUGCAGACACGGCCACAAAUGUGACUUGCUGUUUACAAACACAAGUAAGGUACAGAAUAUGCAUGACGGCCCAUGCAUCUUAUAGAGUUCCACAAUUGCACCUGAUGUACUUAAACAUGUACAUACAGUUUUGGUGCUGGUAUAAGACGGCAAAUCUGGCUGGAGAGUAAAUAAAGGAGGGUGUCAGUUAUCCCCAAGCAUAUAGAACUAGAGAGUAAUAAGAGUGCAAUACUAAGAUAUCUAUCUAUAUAAGAAGUCCCGGAGAUCUCUGACAAAAAAGAUUGUGGGCUGCAAACGAAGAUUAAGAGAAAGAGAAGCACUGCUCUUGGGAAGACUGAGAUAAACAGGUCAAAUCUAUUUCUAUUGAUUUAAGGCCAUGAACAGAAACAGAGGUAUUGAGUUGUAACGAGGUAACUGGUACUGUCUGGUACUCACUGGGUAUUGCAGAUAGGUUUCCGAAAGUCCUUUGAUUCCUCGAACGAUGGAUUAUGGUAAAUGGUCAUAGGGUUUUUGGUAGUAUUGUGGAGAUGCAGCCGUGAGGCAGGUCCAGUGUGGAUGGCCUCGGAUUUUUCUUUCCCUUUUUGUAAGUCGAUCGGUUUGUCAAUGUUUUCAAUAAUAAAUAAAAUGGGUGCAUCAAUUGAUGCAGAGACCAUUUUUUCUCUUUUUAGGAAAUAAAUUCUUUUGGCCGUCUCUCCUAAUUCUGCACCACCACAGCUUCCCACAUAAAUGCUGUGCCUGAUCGAAGUCAUCCUUUCACGGGCAAAAACCUCAAUCCAUCUCAACAAUAUCCCUGGAGAUUGGAUCAACUGCAGAAAUUGUUAUCAUCUCACCGAUGUUCUCCAAUAACCUAUCCUCAAAGCCCACUCACAUGGCUUUCCCAUCCAUCCAAUAUGCCCCCAUCUGUGAUAUUCAGGUGGAUUCUCAUCAAGGACGAUAACAAGGCUAACAUGUUCCACAUAAACAUCUCUCCAGGUGCCGCUCUUUCUUGGAAAUUUAGAUUGCCCGCAAAACCAAGGUGUUCAGGAGUGUGGAUCAAAUGGACUAUGUUGUCCGCAGUACUGUAUUUGACUUCGCUAUUUGAACUCGUAGGUUUAUAAAACCUAGUGACAAGGUAGCCACCAUGUAUUGGUCGCUGUACCUAUCCUCACUUGCUUAGUGACAAGGUCACAUGCUUGUGUGCCCCAAUAAAACUUUCGCUUUGGAUAAUAUAUUCAGGUGGUCUGGUGCAUAUUUACCAAAUGCAUAAAAGCUUUUAGCAUGAAUCAAACGGAUAGCACAACAUUAGCCAUUACUGGCUCCAACUGAACCCAACAGAUAUGAUCACCUACACACAAUUAAAAACGUCAUAGAAUUGCGAGAACGACGACGAACUGACAACAGGGGACAUAGUGCUCUCACCUGAUUCCUGGAACAGGUGGACAGAAGAUUGGAAAGAAUCCUGGCAAGAAAACAUUCCUUCAUCGCCCACCACUCACUGUGAUUCCUUGUUGGAUGGGAAGAGAAGGCUACUCCGUGUCUCACUGUGUACCUCUGC